CGUUUCAACUUUGGAUUAUAGACCUAUUCGGGGUAACAAAAAAGGAGGUCGCUGGCCUGGUUUUUCACGUGUUUACAAAGUGACAACCGAUAAAGGGCCACAGUGAAUGAGGUGACGAUAAAAAGAUGUCAGGAGACGAAAAGACCAGGAGAACUAACUUCAUCACGUUGCCAGAUGACACCCCUGGAUACAGCCUGGAUGAGUUCUGUAUCCCUAAACAUUACGAAGAUGAUCUAUCCCGGGUCUUAAUCCCCGCAGGUCUGAUUAAUGACAGAAUUGAGAGACUGGCUCGUGACAUUGUGGAGGAUUUUGAUGAGGAUGGGUUGGUGGCUCUAUGUGUGUUGAAGGGUGGAUACAAAUUCUUCACCGACCUCCUGGAUAAAAUCAAAGGACUAAACAGGAAUCUGGGGAGAUCUGUCCCUCUGGCUGUGGAUUUCAUUCGACUUAAAAGUUACGUGGAUGACCAGUCUUCCGGACAGAUUGAGGUCAUUGGGGGAGAUAAUCUGAAAAACCUUAAGGGAAAGAAUGUGUUGGUUGUGGAAGAUAUCAUAGAUACAGGGAAAACCAUGCAAAAGUUACUGGCCCUGCUACAGAAUGUUAAACCUAAGUGUAUAAAAGUAGCCAGUAUGCUGGUGAAGAGAACAACAAGGAGUUCUGGAUAUAAACCUGAUUAUACUGGGUUUGAAAUCCCUGAUAUUUUCAUUGUGGGCUAUGCCUUAGACUACAACGAAUACUUCAGGGAUCUUAAUCAUGUUUGUGAAAUUAAUGAAGCAGGCAAGAAGAAAUAUGCAUCCAAAUAACGAAAGCCCUGUUCUGUUAAUGACUGAAUCAAAUGAUAUUAGAACUGGGGAUCAGUAAGCCACAUUGGAAAAUGUCAGCUGAAAUAAUGAUGAUUAAACACAUAUUACAUGGUGUAGUAACAGUAACAUUUCCUGAGAUUAUAAUACAAUGUACAUCAUAAGGCAGGCAAAUCAGAAUGAAUUAGAUUUUCUGUGGUCAUACCGUUUACUGAUCUUGUUUUUUUCUCUCCAGAAACUGGUAUAUUAUUUUUAUGUGAUUAUCUCACUGUCUGAAUUAAAAUAUUUACAAAGGAUGUGCUUCCAAGUUAAUCUAAAAAUAUUAAUUUUAUUUUAGAAUUAUUACAUGUUUUUUCUUAUUUUAAAAACAAGAGAGAUUUAAACAUAAUGCUGAAUUUUGUAUCUUUUUCUAUCUUUAUAUGACUACUUUACCAUACUGUAGAUUGGCAAAUAUUUGCAUAGGAAUUGCAACUGGUUAUUUAAAAAAAAAACAUGAAAUUUUAACACAGUGAAAUUAAUAUGACUUCCAGUAUUUGAAGCAGAAAAAAAUAUAGCAAGCAUUUAAGCAUGUUAAGAUAAGGUAAUAUAUCUUACAAAUUAAAGAAAUUGGAAACAAAACUCGGAUGAGCUAAAUAGGUUAGGGUAAAACAUAUUAUAGGUUGUUCAUAUUCUCUGUUAUUCUGUAUAGAUUUGACUGUGUUGUACAUGUUUGGACCAAAGAUAUCCAGAACCGUGACUGUUGAUUUUUACACAAUCUGAAUAAAAUGAUCAGGGAAAUCUGAAAUAAUGUUAUUGUGACAGAAUGUUUAAAAGAUUUAGAAGAUUUUAUUUACCUUAUUUUCUAUGAAAAUAAAUAUUUUUCUUAACACAU